AUGACGGCCUCGACUACCGCAGGAUCCACCGGCGAGAGCAUCACCAACACCAUCUCGGACGCCGUCAACUACGUCACCGAGACUGCCAAGGAGUGGACCGCCGGCUCGUCGAAGGAGGCCAACAAGGAGGUCGCCAAGGGCCACACCGACGCUUCGCUCACUGACCGCGCCUCGGCCGGACUCGAUGCCGUCUCGGACAAGAUCCAGGAGGAGAAGCACAGUGGGCAAGCUGAGGCAUACAAAAAGUCGGCACAGCACUAA